AUGGAGUUAAUGACAAUUGAAAAGUUUUUACCGUACUUGGAACCAUAUGCCAAUAAAGAACUUCUAACGCCAGCCGAAGCACUUCAAUUAUCUUUGCUCAUCACCGAAUUGCUUGUUGACGAUUAUGUUGAUUUUGGUUUGUUGAAAUUCUUAUCGAGAUUCCUCACACAACAGUCAUAUGAUGAGAUAAUAGAAGAGCGAAACAUUGAGCAUGAAUGUGGUUAUCCAUUGUGCAAUAAUCAACCAAAACUGUUGGUUCGAAGACUAAGUUUGAAUAGUAACGGUACCACAACUGCACUGAUGUCCGAUAUUGGCGCAUCAACAAAGUAUCAAAUAUACAACCGGAAACCAUCAAUCAUAUUACCCAACACUUACAAGAGUCAAUAUUGUUGUAAGGACCAUUAUCAGGCUAGUAUAUUUUAUCGCAAUCAACUAUCCAAUGAAGCAAUAUUUGCUCGCAAGGACAUUAUGGUGAUACCUCCAUUCCAUGGUGGCAAAAAUUGGUAUGAGAAUUCAAUUACGUUGUUAGAAGAAGUAAUUGCCAAACACAAAGAGUUGAAACAGGAAGGUAAGACAAUGGCUGAAGUAGUGGCAAUGAUGAAUGGGCUUAGUAUGAAUGGAGAUGAAAUGAAUGAAGAUACAAACCAAUUGAUUAAAUUGAUUGAGGAUUUUGAAAUCGUCGAAAAAGAAGUUGAUCAUCAUGGUCAUCAGAUUGUUGAAGGGAAAAUACCUGAACAAGCUAUUGAAAGUGAUGAUGAUGAUGAAGUAGAUUCACGUUUAGCGCACAACAAGAUUGAAGGCUACAUCACUACAAAUAAGAGUUUUGGUGGGUAUGUGGUAUAG